AUGGCACACGUCACGAACAUCUCGCUUGACAUCGAGCCCGCUGGUACUGGCCUGGCAUGGCGGCGCAGGAUGCUGCACGGCACGCCUGCUGCGUCUGCUAUGGGAACGGGCGGAAGGAAGGGGUGGUACAGGAAGCAGUUGCAACGGGCUUCGGGAGAUGGCUGGGACUUGUACAAGUCGUCGUCGGAGCCAUCUUUGCGCAGAGGCGAAUCCGGAAUUCUGCCAGGACUAUCACAGCUUUCGCCAAAGCUCGCACAUGCAAACUCGAGGUGUCGUCUUUCUUCCUCUGGAAGCAGCGGCAGCUUGGAGUUGGAGCUGGCGCAAGUUGACUCAGGCUUGCCAGAUGAAAAUGCGAGCAAAGAGCAGGGUCCCGACAAAGGGCGGGGAAGCGCAGACCCUGGUGACGACGUGCGCCCGGACGCCUCCAUUGACCCCGUCCAGGCCGAUGAGACCGCCACUCCACGCACGCAGUGGCAAGAUGCCCUGCAAAGGGCAAUGCAGGAAGCGGAUGUGCGCUUGCUGUUUCGCCUUGACCUGCCUCUCAUGGUGAAGGCAGUUGCGGACGGCGAGAUCACAUCGCUGUCGGAACCAAGCCCACCAAGGUGGCAGCAGCUGAAGGUAGCAGCGCGGUGCUUGCAGCAAGAGUUGCAGGAGACCGGCGCCAGACAAGGACAGAUUGAGUCCUUGCAGGUCAUUGGAAACCUUUACGCAUUCCUCGAAGAACAGAAGUGCGCACAAGGCUUCGAUGCCUUAUGCAAGUCUUUCGACUUCCUCUUCGGAGGUUUGGAGCAGGCGCAGAAGGUGCUUGACGUAAACCGUACGGGGAUCAUGACGACGAUGGAGUUCGCGAUGGCCAUGAGCCUUGUGGGCCUUGACUUGGCUCUGAUCAGCGGACUUGACGAGCGACAAAUGUUCUUGACCGUGGAUGAGUCCAACGACGGUUCGAUUCGAAUCCAGGACCUCCUGCAGUAUUGCAGCACCAAGCCCACAGAGCCCGAGCAGGGCAAGAAGAAGGCCGACCGUUCCAAGCGAAAGCCUUCGCCUAACAAGGCCAAGGCCAAGAAGAGGCUUUCCACGACAGCAAUCAUUGAGUCUGCCGGCAUGAAGGCGACAGAGACACCUGGUUUCGUGGAACUUCAAUGCAACCUUCUCACUCAUCACUUCCCUGACUGCACUUCCACAGAUUUGACACUUGCAGGUGCUGCAGGAAAGAACAUCCAAAGGCUGAGCUUGACAAACUUGAAAGAAGCUACCUAUCGACCAUUGGCACGGCCCAAUGCCAGGAGUGAGACUGCAGGCGCUAGUGGUGCCCAAGCCACCGCCAAGUCUUGGGCUUAA